AUGACACUGAAGCAACCCAUACAACCACACAUCAUGUCGCACCCACAGCAGUCAUCCAUCCGCUCAUUCUUCCAGCCCAAACCUCAACCAGCCUACGCUGCCCCUCCAUCAUCGGGUGCCCCGCCUCAAGACAAACUCCAAGACGGCACCCAGAACACCACGAACAAUGACACGACCAAGUCAACACCAGCGGCGGCUCCUCCUCCCCCAGCGCCGCCGCUACCUCCAACAACUGAAUCACCAAGAUAUCCCUCACCCGUUGCCGCCCAAACGACCGGCCCUAUCCCAAUAACCCUUCCCCCAACCAUCGCCGUCCUCCCUUCGCCGCCCUCCAUCCCCUCCGGCGCGACCAUCGUCCCCCUCGAAGAGCACCACAUCCCCGCUCUCCGCCGAAUCAACGCCCUCCUCCUCCCCGUAGCCUACCCAGACUCCUUCUACUCCAAAGUCCUCGACCCCCUCGUCUCGGGCCUCUUCUCCCGCGCCAUCCUCUGGCAAGACACCCCCUCCGACAUCCCCAAGCUCAUCGGCGGUCUAGUCUGCCGUCUCGAACCAAACUUCUUCCUCGACGCCAACGGCCAACCCUUAGCCAACCCCCCACCCCCCCUAGGGAGCAACCUCAAACCCUCCCCUUCCCUCUCCCUCAACACUCCCUACCACGCAAUCUACAUACAGUCCCUCGCCCUCCUCUCCCCGUACCGCUCCCUCGGCCUGGCCGCCGCAGCCCUAGACCACAUCAUCGCCUCCGCCACCCUCCUCCCAGCAGCGGGAACGACCAUCGACGCGAGAACAAUCUACGCUCACGUCUGGACCGAAAACGAGGAAGGACUAAAGUGGUACCAAGCCCGCGGGUUUGAACGGGACAGUUCCGGUCCGGUCAAGGGGUACUACUUCAAACUACGACCCGACACAGCCUGGAUAGUAUCACGGCACAUCGGUCCUGGAACUGCCCCUCUUCUCCAACCGACUACAAUCCGUUCACCACAGCCACAAACAACACCUAGCGUCUUGACAGCAGCAGUCAACUUGCCACCACCAACGGGGUCUUUACUCUCCACGAGCAGCGCCGCCCCUGGGCCCCCGAAGAAAUCGCCCAUUGUCUCGCCUGCUUCGUCUACCACGUCCUUGUCGUUUCAGAAUAGAAGGCCAGAAACGGAAUGGAACGACCUUCCCGCGGAAAUGGUGGCCGGCGGCGGGCUUGUCCCCCCUCCGAGAAGUGGGAGCGGCGGCGCUGGGUCUUCGACGACUAGUUCGAGGAGCAGCUCUAGGAUUGGAAAGAAGAAGGAGAGGGCUUACCCUUCGGCGGCGUUUGGGCAGUGA